AUGCCCAAGCCGCGCACAAAAAGAGGCUCCGGCCGCGAGGCGCGCAAGCGAAAGCACGACGGGGAAGAAAAUAUUGGCUGGACCAUUGACACGAAGCGACCGCGCGUUGACGACGACAAUCACCACGCCGACAAGCAUCAGGCCGACAAGCACAAGGCCAGCAAGCACCACGUUGACAAUGACCACGCCGAGAAAGGCUACUACCAAGAUGAAGUGCCAGAACCAGCCGGCGACGAUGAAGGGUUUGCGGACCACGAGGAGGGACCGGCCGAAAAGGAGUUUUUUGGCAUGCUCACCGACGAGGAGCAAGAGUAUUUUCGGCGCGCCGACGAGAUGCUCGAGCUCAAUGAGUUCCCGACACCCGAAGACCGCACCCUGUUCCUCGAGAGCGUCUACGAAGAGGCCAAGGGCAAGGAGCUCAAGGUGGCCAGCAGCCAGUCGUGCUCGCGGUUGAUGGAGCGCCUGAUUCAGCUGGCGAGCACGGCGCAGAAGAAGCGGCUGUUUGAGGCGUUUGCGGGCCACUUUCUCUCGCUCGUGCAGCACCGCUUCGCGAGCCACUGCUGCGAGGCCCUGUUUCUGCGGUCCGCCGGCGUCGUCUCCCAGGAACUGUCGGGCUUUGUACCCGACACGGCGCGCGGGGACGGGGACGAAGGCGGCGAGGAUCAGGAGCCGGAGAGUUCGAUGGAGAGUCUGUUUCUCGCGACGCUGGACGAGCUGGAAGGAAGCAUGGGCUUCCUGAUAACGGACCGCUUCGCAUCGCAUACACUACGCGUGCUGCUGGUGGUGCUGUCGGGGCGGCCGCUCGAGGACGUGGCGGUCAAGACGCUCAUCAAGAGCAAGAAGAAGGAAAAGGUGUCGGUGGCUGGCUCCGCGGCCGUCGACGAGCAGAACCAGGGCCUGCGCGCGGUGCCCGAGUCAUUUACCGCCGCCGUCACCAAAAUCAUUCGCGAUUCGACGUCGACUAUGGACGCCACCAGCCUGCGCGUCCUAGCCACCCAUCCCAUCGGCAAUCCGACGCUGCAGCUGUUCCUGGAGCUCGACCUCUCAUUGAACAAGUCGGAGCAAAAGGCCGACGCCGAGCAGCCGACGCUGCUCUUUCAGCUGCUGCCUGGUGCGCCGCAGUCCCUGUACGAAGAGUCGUCCGAGGCCGCCGAAUUUAUCAACGGCAUGAUUUACGAUCCCAUUGGCUCGCGCCUCGUCGAGACCAUCAUCACGCACGCGCCCGGCAAAAUCUUCAAGGCGCUCAACCAAAACAUCUUUCUGCCGCGGAUCCAGGGCUACGUGCGCAACGACGUUUCGUGCUACCCAGCUAUCAAAGUGCUCAACCGCAUCGGCAAGGACCAGCUCGUCGAGGCGGUUGAGAAAAUCGGACCUACGGUACCGCAGCUCGUUACCAAGCGCCGCUACAAUGUCCUCCGCACGCUGUUUGAGCGCUGCGCGGCCCGCGGCCUGACUGAGGAGAUUAAGCAGCUGAUGAAGGGCCUCCGCGAGGGCUGCGGCCCGCAACCCGCGGACCUCGUCACGACGCUCUGCGCACUCACCUCUGAAGAAGACGUCAAGAAGAAAAAAGAUGCGCUUCAAUUGAGCAAAAACGAGUACGCCAUUCAGUCGCACGGCGCGCAGCUCCUCACCACGCUGCUCGCCACACCCGGCCCCGCCAAGGGCGUGCAGGAAGCGCUCUCGGCUCUUCCUCCCGACCUCCUCGUGCGCCUCGCCACGACGUCGUUUCCUACCGCGACGCUGGUCAGCACCGCGCUCAAGACGCCCUCUGCGAAUGCGCUGUUUCAAAAGUCCACUGUGCACGCGCUGGCGCCGCACGUCGUCGACCUGGCCGUCUCGCAAAACGGACACAACGUCGUCGUCGCGCUGGCCGAGAUGCCGACCCGCGGCCGCGACUACAGCGUGCCGGCGCACAUCAAGGAGGGCAUCAUGCAGACGCUGAGCGGGAGCGAGGCGGCGCUGCGCGAGGGCUGGACGGGGCGCAGCGUGUGGCGCGCGUGGAAGGGCGACUUGUGGAAGACGAGGCGGCAUGACUGGAAGGCGUGGAUCAAGGACAUGGUGGCGGAGGAGUCGCAGCAAGUGACGUCGGUGCAUAAAAAGGGUGCUGUAGGGGGGAGGAAGAGGGAGAACUAA